AUGGCUACCUAUCCGCGCCAAAUUGAGUGGACUCAUGGGGUUUCAAGGAUGUCGCUCGAAGCGGCAAAUGUAGGGCUCAACGAUGCCAGUACCAACGAGGAGGAGGAGGAGGGGGGGGAGGGCAACGGCCACCCAUGUGACAACGACGAUGAUGAGGGUAUGCUCGGUGGUGAAGGAUAUCUACGCCAGAAGAAGAGGAAAUUCGAAGACAAAAAUAACCACUAUAGCAAUGGCAAUGGCAACGUCAACGUCAACGACGAAACCGCAGCAGCACCAGACCACGCAUCAGCCGGUGACUCUUCAAAGGACAACUGUACAUGGGGGAUCUCCACCCCUUUCUACAGCGGUGGCGGCGGCAGCAGCGACUGUAGAACCAACAAACUAAAGCGCAACAACAGUAACAGCGCCGAACUGAUGCUUCAGGGUGUUUCUUCUAGAAGUCCCACGCCUUUCUCACAACGAUCAACACCGCAGAAUUCUUCUGAAACCUCGUUUGGUUAUGGCUUCGGCGGUCAUGGUGGGUAUUUCCAGUCUUGUGAGGACUGUUUCGUUGAUGGGUUGCGCUGUGGUCAUCUCACUACGGCGGCGACGGCGACAAUAAUUAUGCCUGAUGGUAGAGGUGGUUUGAUCCGUAAUGGCGGCAAUGGUAAUGGAAAUGGAAAAGACAGGGCUGCGCAUGAGCGGCAUGAGUGGCUUGUUGAGCGGAUGAAGGAGAGUUUGGCCAAGAUUGAUUGUGCUGCUGGUGGUGGAAGUGCUGUGGGUUCGAGGAAGAGUGCUUGA